GACCUAAUCUAGGGGACAUUUUGGGCCACAUGAACAGGCCUGAAAUGUCCCAAUUGGAAAGCUCUGUCCUAGCAGUAACUGACCCUCCUGACCUGACCCCCAAUGCCAACAAUCUGAAUAUUGACAUCCAUCAAAAUGUCUUCUUUUUAAUUUUAUCAAUCAAACCUCAAGAUUCCUCCAUUAUGAUUAUUUUGAACCGAGGCUUUCUUCUUCUUCUUUUUUUUUUUUUUUUUGCUCUUACCCAUCAAAUGGAAAGACAAUGCAGAUAUACUUCUGCUUGACUGUGUCUCAAAGGACAAGUGGAUAGAUUGGGAACCCCAACCUUUGAUAAGAUAUUGGAAUACAACUUCUAAAUCAUUGACAACUUUAUGACUUCAUGUACAGUUAUUAAGUCCCUAAAAUGCACCAAGGGUCUUGUCAAGAUUUUCCUCUCAACAACACGUUCUAAAGCUUUGCCCUAUGUUAUCUUUUCAAUUUUUCUUUUGGAGUAUGUUCACUGUGUAUUGUUCUCAUUAUGUCGCUAGGAGAUACUGGAGCCACUAGCAGAAAUUAGAGCUGGCACAUUGCGGUAGUUUGAUUUCUUGGAAUAAAAAUAGAACUUCAAUGGAGAUUUUACUGUUGAAGUCAUAUAACCUUAAAUCUAGUCGGUAAAGAGAGAGAUUUCAUUCUCUAUCCAUCAUGGUUCAUAUUCCCAUGAGCAUUUGUUAAUUUCUAUAUCCUUUAAUUAUAAACCUACAACGUCUCCAUUGUGUUUUACUUCAUACACUACAAAUCCAAAUUAAUAUUAACCUUUUAGUGUUGUUUUAAUUUCCAAAUUUUUAUAUUACAAAAUAUUAUAUAACCUGUUUUUUCAGUAAGUUAAGCAUGAAAAUCAAAAUCUCCAAUGUUAAAAUGGAAUCAAGAAAAGAGUACAGCCUUUAACCGGUUUUUAAUAAUUCAUUUUUCUUAUUUUUUUUAUUAAGAAAAAAAAAAGCCUUAUGCUUUCAAUUGAAGCAUUGCAGAUUUGGAUUGAACUUAGGCCCAAGACUAUCAAAAUAGGCCGAGAUUGGUAAGUUGGCCUUAAACAGCCCAGCAACUUUUCGAUUUUUGAAGGAUGGAGUUGAGAUCUGUUAUCUGUAUUACUGCUGUUUUGGAGGGAAAAAUAAAAGGGAAAGAAAUGGAGUUACUUAAGCUGUCAAAAUUCAAGCUCCAGCUUCAAGCUCUAGCCACCGAACUUCGAGAUCUAAGAGAGAGAGAAAACUCCGCGAAGGAACAAUGUCAUAUUCUAAUUCAGAAACAGAAGGAAACCGAGGAGGAAUUCGGAAGGAAGUUGCAGGAAUUGCGAUCAGAGUUAGGUUCGUCUAAUGAAUUGUGUCAGAAGCUUGAAAGGAAGGUGAGUUACCUUCAAAACGACAACUCUUUGCUUGAGAACAGGCAGAAGGAGUUGCAAGGAACAAUACAAAACCUACUUCAAUCUAGGGAAAGUUUCAUAAAUGCUUAUGAGGAAUCGACUUGUGAAAUGAAACGUUCCAUUGAGGCCAGGGAUAGAAAGCUCAGUGUCCUAAAUGAAAAAUUGAAUUCUCAUCUAUCAAUGUUUGAUUCUAUAGAAAAGGAGGCUUUCUCAAUUAAGCAAGUUAUGGACAAUGUACAACUCCAUAUGAGUGAAAAAGAGGAAGUAGUCGCCAGCUUAAGAAGCAAGAUGGAUACAGUUUCUGCUUUCCAGAAAGUAUUUGCUGAGAAAGUCCAUGAACUGGAAAAUAAACAGAAGAAAGAUGAAGAUGAACUCCGGAGAAAGGAUGAAAUUAUAUUAGGGCUAGAAGGACAGCUGCAAUCAGCAGAGAUUAGGAACAACUGUCAAAUUCAAAUAGAAGAGCUUCAGAAAACUCUAUCAGCAAAGGAUGCAACUAUACAGAAUCUGAUUUUUGAGAGGGAGGAUUUACAUUGUCAAGUGAAGAAUUUGACAAAAAUAUUACAAAAGGUUAAGGAGACAGUUUCGAAUAUGGACAAAGAGGAUAAAAGGGUAUUCAACCAUGCACUGAAAUGUCAGGAAAACUGUGAUAUGCUUGGGAAAAGUGAAGAAGAUAGGACUGAAGUUGUCCAAAACAGUGGAGAAGCAUCCCCAAAUAAAUCUUUCAGAGAAGGUGCUGCAGAAAAUCAGGCUCCACCUGCGUGUCAGGAGCAGAACUCAGUUGGCAAACCCCUGCUAGAAAUCAAUCAUUUAGGCUCAUGCGUGCCAGAGUCACCAUGCUCUGAACUCCAAUCUGCAGUUAAUGGUCCAAGCAUUUCUGUAAACAGUGGGAAGGUUAACGGCAAUGAAACGGUACACCACCUGGAUUCGGAGUGCUCAACAACCCAAGCGGAAACCUCAGAAAUGCCAGGAAGAGAAGUAGCUUAAUACAUAUAUUACCAAUUGACACCAUCAUUUAUGCAAGCUAGUGCUUGAUUGUGUUUUUCCAAGAUCACUAGCGUACGUAUUAUCCUUCUGCAUGGUCAAUUUUUAUUCAGAUUAUUUUGAAAUCAUGACUGGUCCAAUUCCUAUCGAUUCUCUAACUUUAAGUUCCUGAAUUAUGUUUUUCUGAACUGAUUUAAGUUGAAGAUGAAAAUUUGGAUGGGCCAAGCCCACUUCGGCUUAUUUACUGGGCCGGUUUACAACUUGUUCAGUUUUUAAUCUUGAUUACCAAGCCCUCCAAAGCAGGCAAUAUCAGUCACGCAUAGAAAAAUCCUACUAAUUCCUUCUCUCUUGUAAGUUCCAAGGUUCGGUUUGGUAACUGGUCCCCAUGUAUGAGUUAGGCUGGACAUGACUGCAAGUGAAGACUUUGCAAAAGUCAACCAGAUGAUGACAAAGCUAAUUAGGUAAGUUGUCCAAAGUCCGGACUCCAUAGAAUCAAUAUUGUCAGUAAUUGGAGUCUACAACAGCGGUGCCGUAGAGAUCCAACCUCAGACUGUUGAUUUUCUGACAAGAAAUAUUGGCAGUAGGAUUUUUACUUGCAAUCUAAAGAGCUAAGUCACUUGGUUCGCUUCUUUUUAUUUUAUUCUUUAACUACACACUGACGCAGCAAGUUAUUUAAUAUAUCGAUGUUAAAUAAAUAUUACUAUUAUAGACUAAAUGAAAAUUAAUGGUCUUAGAAAAAGUUUAGACUAAAACGUAUAAAUGUACGAAAAUGUGUUUUCUUUCUAACUAACUUUGUAUUUAGUAUUUAAAAUUAAUUUUUUGACCUAAAACAAUUGACUUAGAUGUUCAUGACAUGUAAGAAAACCUUAAGGACCAUAUUCAACACCAAUUUAUCAUUUCUAGUUUGAGAAUUACUAAACUAAAAUGCCAAUUGAGCAUGCAAUAUUUUUAAUAUAUUUCCUAAUAGUAUUUUUGAAUUUGUUAGUAGUAACAUUCAUAAAUUUUUUUGACUAAUGAAAAUUAGAUUUAUUUUUCUAUUCAGAACUUUGAAUAAUUUAUUUCAUAUCACAUGAUAAAUAUGAAACAUUGGCACGAAAUAAUAUACUUCUUUUCCCUCAAUUGUAGGGUCUAUAAUAUAAACAUUUGGACCAACGCCAUAAUCUAACACUGGUAUUAUAAUUACAUGCCUUUCCUUUUUCUUCAUUGAAUUGAAAAAAUCUAGUGAUUUAGCCGAGUAAGAAGGUGAUACUGCCUUAAUAAUUGACCACUAGAGCUUAAAAUCUUACUAAAAAAAAAGGAAAAAAUUAAUGUACGGUAACGACUGAUUGAUUUGGAUCUAUGCUACAGAGCUUAAAAAUGGCUCGCCAGAUCAAAGGUGUAACUGUCAUCCUAAUCUACCCUAUAAACAAACUUCUAACUAGAGAGCCAAAGAGGGAGAAAAAAAAAAGGCACUCUAAAAACUGCCCAGAUAUCCGUUUCUGAGGCAGGUGGAAUGUUCUCUACAAGUGGAAUCAUUCUUAGAAUUGAAUUUUCAUUCCAUUUAGAAGGGCACAGACUUACAUUGGACAAAGACACUGCAAAAUUUAUUCUGAAAUGAAUUCUUCUGAAACAAGGGCAACAGUCGGCAGAUUUUGUCAUGUUCUUGCAAUCUACCAAGUGUAUCUGAAUCAAUGAGUAGGCACAUGUGAGGUUCCAAAAAGCUUCCACAUAUUCCCUCUGCCUUGAACAAAGACAGCCUUUUUCACCUUUCAAAGAUUAUGCUUUCGGAGAGCUAUAAUUAAUAACCUUUGCAGAAUAAGAUUGCUGGGAAUCUCACCGUCCAUUGAAAGCUAUAAUUCUGAGAACUUAUUAGGUUGUUUCAUGGAGCUGUUUAUGAUUUUAAAGAAGAUAAUUACUAUGAUUUGAAUUUCUUCUGUGUGCAGUGACAAUUUCUGAGACGUGAUAUUGGGAUGCACAUUAAACACAAGAGCUUAACCUGGAUGGCACAUGCAAGGAACCACUUUCCAACGACACCGCUGCCCAACAACAUGUAAUGUAUAAUGUUGCCUCAUGCAUAUACUGAAUAAAAAUCUCUCAUCUUUUUGGGCAUAGUGAUAUAUAAUAUACGUGAAGACCUAACGUACUUGAAGGAAACGCCACAAGCUCAUCAAUGACUCGAGGCUCACUAGCUUUGCCUAUUCACUAUUCAAGUUAGGCUCCAAAACAGGAAGGAUCAAAAUAGAUUAUUCUCAAUAUAAGGAUGGAAGUGGACAAAUAUUCAAGACCUUGUCAGAUAUUUCUUUUCUUUUAGCAAAUCAUUUGUCAUGAAUAUUUGCAAUUAUACUCAGGAUUGCUAAAAUCUACACUUAAUUUCUAGUCCUAUCACAACAUUUUAAGUUAA